AUGUCUGCUGCUCAACUUCUUAAUCCCAAGGCCGAAUCUCGGCGGCGGGGUGAAGCUCUUCGAGUCAACAUCAGUGCGGGUGAAGGUCUACAAGAUGUUCUCAAGUCCAACUUGGGUCCUCUAGGAACUAUUAAGAUGCUUGUCGAUGGUUCUGGACAGAUCAAACUGACAAAGGAUGGAAACGUCCUAUUAAGGGAAAUGCAAAUACAGAACCCGACCGCAGUUAUGAUUGCUCGAGCCGCGACUGCGCAAGAUGAUAUCUGCGGAGAUGGAACGACAUCAGUAGUCUUGUUGGUGGGAGAACUUCUAAAGCAAGCAGACAGAUAUAUUGCCGAAGGAUUACAUCCUCGAAUCAUAACAGAGGGUUUUGAGAUCGCCAAAAAUGAGGCGUUAAAGUUUUUGGACUCCUUCAAGCUCCCGAAAGAAGUUGAUAGGGAACUCCUCCUCUCCGUCGCUCGGACAUCUCUAUCUACCAAACUCAACGCGAGCCUUGCUAAGAAGCUGACCCCCGAUAUCGUCGAUGCUGUCCUCGCCAUUUACGAAGCACCUGCGAAGCCAGAUCUACACAUGGUGGAAAUCAUGAAGAUGCAGCACCGCACCGCUUCAGAUACCCAACUCAUCCGCGGUCUAGCCUUGGACCAUGGUGCCAGACAUCCUGAUAUGCCCAAGAGACUGGAAAAUGCGUUCAUCCUAACUAUGAAUGUUAGCUUGGAGUACGAGAAGUCGGAAAUCAACUCGAGUUUCUUCUAUUCUAGCGCGGAACAGCGCGACAAGCUAGUCGAGAGCGAACGCCGAUUCGUCGAUGCCAAGCUCAAGAAGAUCGUGGAUUUGAAGAAGGAGGUUUGCGGAAACGACCCCAAGAAGAGCUUCGUCAUCGUGAACCAGAAGGGUAUCGACCCGCUUUCCUUAGAUGUCCUGGCAAAGAACGGCAUUUUUGCUCUGCGAAGAGCUAAGAGAAGGAACAUGGAGAGAUUACAGCUUAUCUGCGGCGGUGUCGCGCAGAACAGUGUGGAAGAUUUGUCCCCUGAUGUGCUCGGCUGGGCUGGCUUAGUAUAUGAACAGCAGCUGGGCGAGGAGAAAUACACCUUCAUUGAGGAGGUGAAGGAUCCCAAAUCCGUAACGCUAAUGAUCAAGGGCCCCAAUGCCCACACCAUCACACAGAUUACGGACGCAGUUCGGGACGGCCUACGAAGCGUGUACAAUAUGAUCGUGGACAAGAGCGUCGUUCCCGGCGGCGGUGCCUACCAGGUCGCUUGUGCCGCCCACCUGAAGAGCGAUGCCUUCAAGAAGACGGUUAAGGGCAAGGCCAAGUGGGGUGUUGACGCAUUCGCAGAUGCGCUCCUAAUCAUUCCCAAGACGCUUGCUGCGAAUGCGGGUCACGAUAUCCAAGACGCACUUGCUUCGCUCCAAGACGAGCACGCAGAUGGCAACAUUGUCGGAUUGGAUCUAGUGCUUGGCCAGCCCAUGGACCCUACUUUGGAGGGUGUCUACGAUUCAUUCAGGGUACUGAGGAACUGCGUAGCCUCUUCAUCAAGUAUCGCGUCUAAUCUUCUACUUUGCGACGAAAUGCUCAAGGCGCGCCAGAUGGGCCGACAAGGUCCGGGGCCAGAGGGUGCAGAGGAAUAA